UCUGCUUUCCAUGUCAUUACACACUGAAGUGCAAUCACCUGUUCGACCAAAAGUGCCAAAUGAUGUUGAAGGAGGCAAUUUGAUCAGGAAAGAAUCUCGACCGGCGACGGUAAAGUCAAGUGAGCCUCAGUUGACCAUCCUUCGCAUCAAACGCAAGCGAAAUGAAGAGCCUUUGGAAGCUUUAUUGGUUCAGCAAGAAGCUGAGCGCCAGAACAACCGAGGUCAAAGGAAAAUACGCAAGAAUGCUGAACUCAACGACAAGGACGGCGAAGUACCUGUUGUACCCCGACUGUUCAGGUUAGCGGAAACGGUUGGAGAACAAUCGUUCAAGAACAUCAUCGAAGCCAGAAAGCUGAAAGAGAGGAUAUCCCGAAGAAUACAACCUGGAAGUCGACCAAUGACACCUGAUGUGGAAAGUCGAAAAGAGCAACGCGCAGAAAAACAACAGGUGGAUGCCAGAACUGCACGAUAUAGAGUCAUUCAACAAAACCGGCGCAAGAAGGAACAGCCUGCAGGACCUCCACAAGUUGAAAGCGCAGCCGAUAAGAUGUCGGCCGAUUUGUUCCAACUUUAUGAUGCUGUCAAAGAAAAGGAUUCAAACGCCAACAUAUUAUUAGAGAACGAGACAGAAGACGAUACUGUUAUGUGUAACUUCAUUUCUAUGGUGAAAGAAUAUCUUACAGUGGAGGAGCGUGACGAAGAGGCGAAAAAGUUCUCACAAACUCCCGUCGACGACGACGACGGAUAUGUAUAUGAUGUGUACUAUCGUGAUGACACUGCCGUAAAAUCCGCAUUUCCGUCCCAUAAUAUCGGAGCUCUGUAAGUUUAAGGUGUCAUUACUCAUUCAUUGCUAUACAUGUUCAACGUAGUUAACUUUUCAUUUAGUAUCUGGGCUGAUGAGGAGCUUGAACUCAUGAAUGAUGAUUCGGACGAUAGUGAUGUCGGGGACUCAGAGGAUGAAGACUCCAAUG